GUGACUUGUAGGCGACUCCGGCUAAUCCUCCCUUUAAGGCGCUGACACUGGAGAGGGGAAGAUGGAAAAAAUCUCCACUCUUGCGAGAGUCACGUAAACAACCUCACCUGUUCCAGGAUUCCACCAGUUAGCUGAGAAACUUCAGCAGAACGUCGCUGUCCUCCAGCUGACGCCGGUCCCCUCUCCGGUCCCCUCUCCUCUCUCUUGUCAUCAUGGCGGUCAACGCUGACGCUGAAGACUGGGGUGGCAUUGGCAGCAGCAGCGACUCCGGAGAACGAGCGAGGCUCCUGCAGAGCCCCAGCGUGGAUUCUGCCCGGCAUCCCGAGGCAGAAGAGAGGAGCCGGGGCGUGUCGGCUCUGGGUGCCGUCUUCAUCGUGGUGAACGCCGCGCUGGGAGCGGGACUGCUCAACUUCCCUGCAGCCUUCAGCAUGGCAGGAGGAGUGAUGGCAGGAGUGAUGCUGCAGAUGUUCAUGCUCAUCUUCAUCAUCAGUGGGCUGGUUAUCCUUGGCUACUGCUCUCAGGUCAGCAAUGAAGCCACCUAUCAGGAAGUUGUUCGAGCCACUUGUGGGAAAGUCACGGGGAUCCUCUGUGAACUGGCCAUCGCCAUCUACACGUUUGGGACAUGCAUCGCUUUCUUCAUCGUCAUCGGCGACCAGCUGGAUCGUUUGAUCGCUGCUGCUGCUCAUGAAAAGGACGGGUCACCUGAGGGUCACUGGUACACGGACAGGAAGUUCACCAUCGUCGUCACUGCAGUCCUGGUAAUUCUGCCUCUGUCCAUCCCCAAAGAAAUCGGCUUCCAGAAAUACGCCAGUGCUCUGAGUGUGAUGGGAACCUGGUACGUUACCAUUGUGGUUAUUGUGAAGUACAUCUUUCCGGACAAAGACAUGAAGCCAGACCACGCUCCAGCCGCUUCUGCUUCCUGGACUGCUGUUUUCAAUGCAAUGCCCACCAUAUGCUUUGGUUUCCAGUGCCAUGUCAGCAGUGUGCCGGUGUUUAACAGCAUGAAGACGAAGGCGAUCAAACCGUGGGGGUUUGUAGUCACUUGCAGCAUGAUAAUCUGCCUUUUUGUCUACAUUGGGACAGGUGUCUGCGGCUACUUGACCUUUGGCUCCAGUGUGAAUCAGGAUGUGUUGAUGUCUUACCCUCCUGAUGACAUCGCCGUGGCCAUCGCCAGAGCUUUCAUUGUCAUCUGUGUGGUGACUUCCUACCCCAUUUUACACUUCUGUGGCAGGGCGGUGGUAGAGGGCCUGUGGCUGCGUUUCCAAGGCGAGCAGGUGGAGGUGUGCGUUCGCCGCGAGCGGAGGAGGAGGAUCCUGCAGACGCUGGUGUGGUUCGUGGUCACCCUCGUCCUCGCGCUCUUCAUCCCAGACAUCGGCCGCGUCAUCUCGCUGAUCGGAGGACUGGCGGCCUGCUUCAUCUUCGUGUUCCCAGGUUUGUGUUUGAUCCAGGCCAAACUUUCGGAGACAGACAUUCGAACUACAAGCUGGCAUUUAUCGGUGAGCCUUGGCGUUGCCAUGAUAACACUGGGAGCCUUCAUCUUCGGCCUCACCACGUCCAACUCCAUCUACCAGGACGUUGUGAACUAAAACGGAUCCUGUCUGCUCUUUCCUCCGCAACAAGAACCGUGCUGCUACUGUGGAGAGAAUUGGUUGGGAAACCACUAUGGACACAUUUAGUUUUGUUUGUUUUUCUCAGUGAAGUUUAAAAACUACAUUUUGUUUUUUUUCUAUCGUUAUGUUUCCUGAAGAGAUAGGACUGAUUUGUUAUUUUUUCUUUCCCUUCUGCUCAACUCUGCAUGAACGACGCCCGUCUGGUUUACAGGAGCAGAAGGACUUUUGAGUGGAAGGGAUUUAUGAUCACAUUGAUUUUUAUUAAUGAAAUUGUACCAAUUUGUGAGUUUUACCCUGCAUGUCGCCAUUAUUCACUGAAAAUGUGACGAUGUUUCCGUCCUACACCAUCAUCAAAUCCAGGCGCUGCAGGUGGAUAAAAGGUGAAGCGUUUUGCUUCGGCGCUCAGCCAAAGUUGAUCUGUAAAUCAGGUAUUUAUUUUGAUUUUUGUUGUUUACUUUGAACAGCUUAAGUAAAAGCUCUUAAGCUGACGUGGAACAAAUGCAGCUUCUGUCGUGAGGGCAGACGAUUGACCUGGUGUCCAGAACCAGUCUACCCGGGUCGGUGUCGCGUUCAACCAAAAGAAUGACUUGUUCUGUGGUUACUGAACAACUAACUGACCUGAUAAAGAGCUCAUUUGUGUUGGAGGACACUGGUCCCUGAGGACUGGGGUUGGAAACCCCUUGGAAGAGCCAGUAUAAGAAAUUAACAUAAAAUGUAUCAGGAAAUCAUGUUUACCAGGAAAAUAGAAGGGAAUUAAACCUCAAAUGGUCGAGAGCCUUCAUCUGUGCUUUAACUGCAGCUCUUCUUUUACAUUUGAAGGAAGAUGUAAAUGUUAAGACCCUGAAGAAGUUUUUCUAAAAUGAUGUAAUUUGUAAAUGAGGGAAAGCAAUUAAUUUUUUUUUUUUGUUAAAAGUUUGGUUUGCUACAAUCUAAGCCAAAAAUGUUGUGCUGUAUUUAUUUAAACUCACUUAUAAUGUUUCCAUCUUCUUUCAUGUAUAUUUUUGUGCCUAAGCAUUUGGGAUUUAUCUAUAUAUACACUUUUUGGUGCUUCAUCUGAUUUAUGAUGGGAAAAAUCAACACUAAUCAAAUACUAAUCAUUCAUUUGAUUUAGAAUUACUUAAAUUCAUUGCUUUGAAAGCAGCAUGUGAAAAUAUUUAAAAAAUAAAUGGAAAAACUGUCAUUAAGCCAUUUGGUGUUACAUUUUUUUUUAUCAGAAUUAUGUAUAAAUGGGCUGACCUUGGUUCUUUAGCAUUCCCCAUUUAGAGUAAUUUAACCUGGUUUAUACUGUAUUAAGUCUUUCACAAUUUAAAGUGAAACAGAUAUCCGUUCAAAUUUGAAUGUAGCCAAUUGUACCAUUUUAAUAUCAAAAGUCAAUGACCAUUUACUCAAAACAUUAAACCUUUCCUAGAUUUA